AUGAAAUAGUAGUUACGCAUGCGGAGCGUCCCAUACUACUACAUAAAUGAUAAAUCCUCCAAAAGUAAAUAGAAGUAAUGCUUUGGUGACAAUUUAAACUGAAGCUUCCAACAACUUCUGUACAAUUAGAGACCCCCAUUCUGCCAUCCUUCAUUUCCACUUUGCCACCUCCGUAUGCAAGGAAAAAUAAACAAAACAACAAACGAAGUGGACAAAAAAUCUCGCGUGUAACCCACAGCGAAAGGUGAAAGCCUAUUAGACUAUACCAUGUUUGUGUGACGGAACCUUAAUUAUUGGGCUAUAUGCUCCAAAAUCGAAAAUCGAACACAUUGUCCCAGGUACAACCCUCACCAGCUAGCUUGUUUACCACUUGCCACGUGCCAUGCUCCUGAUAUCACCCCUUGCCGACCCACACGCCACCGCGCUCUUCUUCUUAUAUCCCCUGCUUCUUAAAAUUGGUCUUCAUUGGAUGACUCUAGUCUCUAGUAGUAAUAGUAUAUAGUCUUCACACUGAAUCAACGGAGCGAGCAGCUUGUUUUCUCAAAUUCUGACUUCCGAAAUGAGAGUCAAGAUCGAAGAUCUUCGCAGGAUCAUAUGGGCCCACGCGCUCCUCAUUGCGCAGGCGUCCCUUCUCGCCAAUGCGGAGCCAAGUACGGAAUCACCGGAGAGCUCCUUCGAUUUCGACUGGAAGAUCACACCGUCGAUGAUGAUCGUCACAGUCGCCCUCGUCUGCUUCUUCGCCUUCUUGGCUUUCUUCUCCAUCUACCUCCGCAAAUGUGCCCGGUCACGCGUCGCCGCCGCCGCCGCCGCCGAUGCUUCUUUGCCCAACGCCUCCUCCUAUGGCCCAGACCGCCCCCGACGCCGUGGUCUAGACCGAUCGGUGAUCGAGACCUUUCCGGUGAUCACCUACUCCAUGGUCAAGGGUCUCAAGAUCGGCAAAGGAGAGCUCGAGUGCGCGGUGUGCUUGAGCGAGUUCGAGGGCCACGAAACGCUGCGCUUGUUACCCACAUGCAACCAUGUCUUCCACUCCGAUUGUAUUGACACCUGGUUAACUUCUCGGGUGACAUGUCCGGUUUGCAGAGCUAAGGUCGCCCCGGCGGUCAAUGGAAUCGCCGCCAAUUCAUCGCAGUCAACAGAGUCAAGCAACGAACCAACCCAAGAAAACUCGGGGUCCCGACUAGGCGAAGAACAAAAUCACGUUGUGGUUGAUAUUGAGGAAGCUCAAGGCGGAGAGAUCGUGAACCGCCCACCGAGAACGGGGACAUCGGGGAAGUUACGGAGGUCGUACUCGACGGGUCACUCGCCGGUGGAGAACACGGAGAGGUACACGUUGAGAUUGCCAGAGGAGGUGAGGAAGCAGGUUUUGGAGGGUGAGAAGCUGGAGCGUUCGAUGAGCUACGGCGUCGUUUUGGCAACAGUAGCGAGUUCGAGAAAAGGGUAUACGAGUGGUGACGUGGACGGGAUAAGACUGUCCGUUGAAGGAAAAUGUGACGAAUGCCGCUAGAUGGUAUCCACGUGAAGUCUGUUGGGGGGACUAACCUGGUCGGCAGUGUCUCUCGUUUGAUUGUGAUUAAUUAAAUCCGGAGGCGCUCCGCUCAUGUUUGGAGUGAAGUGGGUUGAUUGGAUUCUUUGAAAAUAUUAGCAAGUGGGGGGUUUUAAUCUUUGUUUCUUUAAUCAAACUGUACCUGGAGAUUGGAUCAGGAUGCUUUUUGGUGUCGCCAAAAGCCGAUUUUGGAUGGUUUUGGAGGGCGUUUCUUUUUUUAUAUGGUUAAUUUAGUGAGUUGGCCGCAAGGCAAGUUGUGGGGUUGUUUAAAUUGCUUAUAUUAUAUAUAUAUAUAUAUAUACGUUUGGUACAAUCUGAAGCCAAUUAAAACACAUCAAAUUGUGCCAAGGGUGUUAAUAAAGUUACCAGGAGUGCCAAUAUCUUAUCUGAAUGUGAA